UUUGUUUUUCGUGAACUACACUUCAGGGCAACUUCAUACUCAGUAUAUAUAUACAUAUACAGAUCCCUUGAUUGACUAGUUAACGAUUCACUAUACCUCGUUGUGGAGCUGGAUUGUGCUAUUUAUAUCACACGACUAAUCGUACUCAGUCGAAGCAGGACAACCUAGAUCGAGCACCUCACCAAGUACCGACUACUUUCCUUAACCACAGGCAUCCUACCGUUCAGUCCAAAGCACCACAUCGGACACCAUCCACAGUUUACGUCUGAAAAGUUCACCCACAGCUAUCAGUUUCAAAUGUCAUCGCAAGCUGCUUUCAGAAACGGUGGACCCGUCCCACCCGUCUGGGACUUGGUCACAGCCUCUUUGGCAGACACCUUCGUACGGUACUUGAACCACUUGGAAAAGAUUCCAGGUGGACAAAUCAUCUUGAGAUACAUCAAGUCUUCAUAUAAGAAUGAUCCCAUCAGAUCGUUGUUCGAGUUAGCAUUGUUCAUCUUCGCUUGUCACUACUUUCUUUCCUCCAAGAAGAAGGAAAAUAAAGCGGACAUCGUGAGAUUCUCUCCCAAGGAGAUUGACGAAUUAUGUAAGGAAUGGGAACCGGAACCUUUGGUUGAGGCCAUUCAACCAUUAGAAAAAUGGCAACUAAAGUCUGUCCCAGAAAUUGUGGGACACAACGGUGCUUAUGUCAACUUGGAGGGCCACAAUGGUAAGGUCACUAACUUGGCCACAUUGGACUUUUUGAAUUUGAACCACAACGAGAACAUCAAGAACGCAGCAAAAGCUACCAUCUCCACCACUGGUGUUGGUGCUUGUGGACCUCCAAACUUUUAUGGUACACAAGAUGUACACGUUAGAUUGGAAGAAGACAUUGCCAGAUACUUAGAUGGUGAAAAGGCUAUUUUGUACGGUCAAGAUUUUGUUACCGCCGGUUCUGUGAUUCCUGCUUUCUUGAAAAGAGGUGACUUGUGUGUAGUUGACAGUGGUGUGAACUUGGCUAUCCAGAAAGCGUUGAUUGUUAGUCGUUGUGAUAUUGAAUGGUACAUUCACAACGAUAUGGAGGAUCUUGAAAAGGUUUUGAAAGAACUCAAGCCUGAUUUGGAUAAGCAAAAGCCUAUCAAGAGAAGAUUCAUCAUCACGGAAGGUUUGUUUUCUAACACUGGAGAUAUCGCUAACUUGCCUAAAAUUGUUGAAUUGAAGAAUAAGUUCAAGUACCGUUUGUUUUUGGAUGAAUCUUUAUCCAUUGGAAUCUUAGGCAAGACCGGAAAAGGUAUUGUGGAACAUUACAAUAUUCCAAGAACUGAAAUUUCUAUUACCAUUGGUUCUAUGGCCACAUCUUUCGCGGCAUCUGGAGGUUUCUGUGUUGGUGUGAAUCCAAUGGUCCACCAUCAAAGAAUUCAAUCCCUUGCUUACGUUUUCAGUGCUUCCUUACCACCAUAUUCUGCCAGAGUUGCUUCUCAGGCUAUCAAAGAAAUUAGUAUUCUUAACUCAGAAGGAAAUUCAGAAGUGAUCAGUCAAUUAAAGGCCAAGACUCAAUUCUUAUACGAGAAAUUGACCAAGGUAUUUGCUAAUAGUGCUUACAUCUCCAUUAUCUCAGAUUCGAGUUCACCAACCAUUCAUUUAAGCUUGAAUCCAAGCUUUCGGUCAAAGUUGAAUUUCCCUCUUCAAUACGGUAACACGCACUUUUUGAAUACUGGUAAGAUGGCAAAGAAGGUCAACCCUUUCGACCAAUACCAUAAUCUUGAAUCAUACAUCUUACAAAGCAUUAUCGAUGAGGUUUUGGCCAGAUCAAAUAUUUUAAUUACCAGAUCUAAAAUACUUUUGGAACACGAAAAUUUACCUGUUUCGAACCCACAUUUGUUGAUAAAUGUGAACAUUGGUGUUUCCAUGGAAGAUUUUGCCAGAUUAGCCAACGCAUUGAAUGAGGUAGUUAACUCUGUUUGCUCAUCAUUACAAUCUGAGGCUGAUUUGAUUAGAUUAAAUGAGACCCUUGCCCAAUGAUCGUGCAGGUUUAUUUAUUAUUGAAAACAUUCGAAAUUAAAUCGAGCUUAUGCUUUAUGAUUCAUUUUUUUUACUGAAAUACAAUCAUCUAUUCCGUUAGUCUAACUCAUAAUAUGUCGUUAAAGAAUUGUUCUAUAGACACUAAUAAUAGUACUAAUAUAUACAAACU